ACAUUACCCAAUCUUGGAGAUGUAAUUUACUUUCUGGAAUCUAUUACGCUCGAAAAAACAUUUUUUGAGAUGGCAGUUUGCAUUAACAUGAAGCACUCUCUUCAAGCUUUAACCGUGACCUGUUUCUUGUUUUUUCCUUACAUACUAGGUAAAGCAGAUGAUUAUGAGACUCAAACCGCCGCUGCAGGAGUACUUGAAAAUGAAUAUUUGCCCAACUAUGGAGGCACAAAUGGAGGAUAUUCAUCGGAAAACGGAGACUCACCUCAGUAUGGUGGUGGCACAAUUGAUGCUCAACCUGACUAUCUUUUCUCCAAAGCUUUGCAAUGUUUCACUGAUAAGCAUAUAUACAGUAGUUGUGAGGAGUCUUAUAGAUUGACUGAGACAGGGGAGCUCCAUGUACCACCUGAAUAUACCGAUCAAUACUGCAGAGGACCCUGCUUAGAGGAGACUCACCAUGUGCUAAAUUGUCUUGGAAACAUACUGUCGCACUUCAGAUUUUAUAAUAAGGCCACCAUUAGAGCUGUCGAAGAGACUAUCAAGGAGGGAUGUAGCUACGGCCCUAAAAGAGGUUUUUUCAGUGUUGCUGAGCACAUCCUAGCUUAUGAUAACACUGCUUUUCGUGCUUCGAAAUCCAUGCUGCAUAGCCUUGUUCUGAUGACUUUGGCCCUUAUUUUCUUGGUUUGAAGCAAUGUUCACAAGUGAAGAUAUUGCUGGAAAAAUUAGCUUCUGAUUUACAAGUACCGCCCUAGUUUUUGGUGUUGUUUAAUUUGACGAGUGUGUUGAUCAUGUAGUACUAUAGUAAACAAGAUUAUUAGAUAUUGAUGUGGAUGAGAAUGUUGUAAGCUGUAGCAUUUAUUUAUUGGAAAUUCUUGUUCCAUAUGGGCUGUUGUUGUAGUCUUGUACCCAAACUUUAACCACCUACCUAUAAGUUAUACUAGAAUUAAUAUGGAUAACUUGUUUCAUAUACAG